AUGAUUAGAGCCAUGUCGAAAAAGCAAUUCAAGCAUGUGAGCAUUCUCUCCAAUAUCAUCUUUGGCUUCUUUGUUGUGUUAAUGUUUCUUGUAGUGUUAGUUGCAGCUCUUUUAUUCUUCCUCUAUAACAUGGGUUUCGUUUCGAAAGCUAAUUCUAAUAUUGCCUAUUAUAUCUGUUUUGUUUUUGCUGGUGGAAUGCUUAUUUUCGAUACUUGCUUUGCCAUCUAUUCUGGUGUUGUGGUGAUUCGUACAAUUGGACGAAACAAUACGAUUCAAUUACAAAGAAAUCCAAACCUUAAAAAACAGGAAAAUUAUUCAAAUCCAUUCAUUGUAACUUUUGGAUUAUUGGUUGGAUUAAUCCUAUGCAUUCUAUGUCAAUUAAUUGCAGCUGGUGUUGCAUCUGCCGUUGGUUCUGACAAGUCAAUUCUGAAAGUUGUUUGGCACUUUUUCAGUUGUCUUGCAGUUUUGAUAUUUGCAGUGUUGAGCUUGUUGAUGUUUUAUCCACUUUUUGUGAGGGCAGAACAUGCUAUUAAGGAGAUGAAUUUAGAUACCACAUCUCAUGAUCACAAGUCAGCAAGAAGUACUGCUAAGAAAUCAGAACGAUCAGAGAAGAGUGAAAUGAAAGUUCAGUCAAUUGAACCAAGUGAGGGUUUAUCGAAAUGCAAAUCGAAUAUUGAAGAAAAUUUACCAUCCCUACCAGAAACUAGUGAGGUUACAAAUCAAGAUCAAUCAAAAGACAAGAACGAUGAGGAACUUGUUGGCGACAAUUUACCUAAUCUACCAGAAACUAAUGAAGAACCAAAAAACCAAGAACAAUCAAGUAAUCAGGUCUAG